AUGAACGUCAGUCGUUUUUGGUUUGUUAAUGAAACAGAAAAUAUACCGGCUGUGUGGCAUUAUUGUGCUGGUAUAUUCUCACUUUUAUGUUUAAUAUUUGGCAUAGUAGCAAAUGGUUUAGUUAUAUUUGUAUUCAUCAAAAAUGAUGUUUUACAAAGACCAAGGAAUUAUUUUCUUAUUAAUCUUGCCAUUACAGAUUUUGGUUUACUUGUAACUAAUAAUUCAAUGCAUGUGAUUUCAUCAUUUAACAAAAAAUGGAUAUUCGGACAGAUAGGUUGCAAUUUUUAUUCUGUUUGUGGUGGUAUAUUUGGUCUUACAUCAGUUACAACAAUGGCAGCUAUUGCUUUAACUCGUUUAAUAGCUGUUAAUGAUCCACUCAGUUCAUUGACACUUAGUAGUCAUUCUACUUUAAGUUAUCUUGUAUGUGCAUGGAUAUAUGGUUCAUUUUGGAUUAUGCCACCAUUAAUUGGUUGGAAUCGUUUUGUUUUAGAAGGUUUUGGAACAUCAUGUACAUUUGAUUAUGUAUCAAAAGAUUUAUGGGAUCGUUCAUUUAUUUUGAUAUUAGUAAUCGGUGGUUUUUUUAUUCCAUUUUUAGUUAUUAUAUUUGCAUAUAGUUUUAUUUUAAUUAAAUUAUGUCAACGUGGACGUCAAUUUCCAUUACAAAAUAAAGAUAAUCAAUAUUUAAAUAAACAAAAUAAAACCGAUUAUUUUAAUCAAUUAAAUUUACCAAAUGAAAAUCAAAGUCGUCAGAGAACAAAAACACAACUUUCUUUAAGUGAUGAUGGUAAUAUAAUACGACAUAUUCGUCGUACCGAAGCUCGUGCUACACGUACAGCAUUACUUAUAUGUACUGUAUUUUGUUCAGCAUGGGGACCUUAUGCUAUAAUGGCCUUAAUAUCUGUACUUGGCUUUGAUCAUUUAGUAAAUGUUUAUACAACAGCAAUACUUGGCAUGUUUACUAAAGUAGCUGCUUGCAUCAAUCCAUUGAUAUAUGCACUUUCAUUAAAUGGAUUUCGAGAACGAAUAUGUGCAUAUGUUAAAUGUAUAUAUCACUGUAAUAAACAAUAUCAUGAUCCCUUACUAUCACAUAGUGUUGAACUUAAUCGGAAAAGUCAUUUAAAUUUAUUGGAUACUACAUUCACUCGCAAACGUACUCAAUCUAACCUAUAG